AAAGACUCGGGCCGAUGCCCGUUUGUCUCUUAGACUUUCAUUUCACAUCCUUCACGCCCACGGCCCAACGUUUGAACACUUAUGCAUAUGGUCCAUGCAUCAUGGAUUAGAGUUUGGCAGUAGCGGAGACUGCUGGAAAGGACAACUACGCCCUUCUUCCAUCGUGAUGGUGCAGCUUUGGUGAAAUACUUCUCCUGGCUCGAAGAUCAGCUUAACCAAGGGAAGAAGCUGUCGGAGUGGGGUGCUGCAGGCAAACUGGAAAGUACCGAGCUGAGCAAGGUUUAUUCAAGGGUCUAAGCUUUCCUACAAUCUCGUCGACCGGUGCCAAUGCUGGUGAGGGCCAUGCAUGCUUUUGUGGGCCAGAGAGUGACUGAUUAUGCCAACGAUCAUACACUAUUCUCCGGAUUCGAAGGAUUCUGCCAUUAUUGAUAAGGAAGAGGUCUACUUGUGCGAUUCAGGAGCUCAAUUCUUCGACGGUACGACCGACGUGACUCGAACAUGGCACUUUGGUACACCUCUGCCGGAGGAAAUUCGUGCAAGCACUCGAGUUCUCCAGGGUCAUAUUGCGAUCAAUACUGCUGUAUUCCCUAAUGGCACAACUGGCUACAUUAUUGAUUCAUGGGCACGUCGAGCGCUGUGGCAAGACGGACUCGAUUACAGACACGGUACCGGUCAUGGAGUAGGCCACUUCCUCAAUGUCCAUGAAGGACCUCAUGGUAUUGGCACCCGCAUCAGUUUAAACGCGAAUGCACUCAAGCCUGGCAUGACGGUGUCGAAUGAACCUGGUUACUAUGCCGAUGGGAAGUUUGGCAUUCGGAUAGAGAACAUCGUAUUGGUCAAGGAGGUUCAGACGCUAAAUAAUUUUGGUAAUAAAGGAUACCUGGGUUUUGAGCAUGUCAUGAUGUGUCCGAUUCAUAAGAAAUUGGUGGAUAAAACAUUACUGACUGUAGAAGAAAUGAAAUGGCUUAAUGACUAUCAUGAAGUGUGGCAGAAGGUUUCGCCAUUGUUGGAAGAUGACAAGCGAGCUUUAGAUUGGUUGAAGCGGGAGUUUGAUGCUCCAAACCUCGAUAUCCUUACUGAAGCCGACGAAGACUUAUCCGGAGCUGCAACCUUCUUAUUGCCUACGAUCAAUGAUUAA